CGGGCUCGGGGGCGGGGCGGCGCGGGUCCGAGCGGCGGCAGCUGACUCGCCAGUGCGGACCGGGAACCGGUCAGAGGCACAGCUUGAGCCGGCCAUGGAGCAGCCCAGGAAGGCGGUGGUGGUGACGGGAUUCGGCCCUUUUGGGGAACACACUGUGAAUGCCAGUUGGAUUGCGGUCCAGGAGCUGGAGAAGCUAGGGCUUGGGGACAGCGUGGAUCUACAUGUGUAUGAGAUUCCAGUGGAGUAUCAGACAGUCCAGAGGCUCAUCCCUGCCCUGUGGGAGAAGCACAGUCCCCAGCUGGUGGUGCACGUAGGAGUGUCAGGCAUGGCAACUGCAGUCACGCUGGAGAAGUGUGGACACAACAAGGGUUACAAGGGCCUGGACAACUGCCGAUUCUGCCCCGGCUCCCACUGCUGUGUGGAGGACGGGCCUGAAAGCAUUGACUCCAUCAUCGACAUGGAUGCUGUAUGUGAGAGGGUCACUACACUGGGCUUAGAUGUGUCAGUGACCAUUUCGCAAGAUGCAGGCAGGUACCUCUGCGACUUCACCUACUAUACCUCGCUGUACCAGAGUCACGGCCGCUCGGCCUUUGUUCAUGUGCCCCCUCUGGGCAAGCCGUACAAUGCAGACCAGCUGGGCCGGGCACUUCGGGCCAUCAUUGAGGAGAUGCUGGACCUCCUAGAGCAGUCAGAGGGCAAAAUCAACUGUUGCCAUGAACACUGACGGCUGUCCAGGCCUCCCAAGACCUCAUCCUGCCGAGGAGCCUGGGAGAGACGUCCGCCCCCCGGGCCCUGACUGGGCAAGACAAGCGCAUCCAGCUGGGGAUCUGAUUUGGAUCAAAUAUGCCAGCUCGCACACCUCCUCUCCCUUUUUCUCUGCGUAAGCGCUGGUUGGUUGGAAGGCAGCAACUGAAGAUUUUUUUUCUAUUUCUCUUUGCACCUGGGGAUACAGCUGGGGCAGUCAGGAAGCUGGGAAGUCCUGACUUCUACCGAGAACCCCGAUCAGGUGGAUCUCCACUCUGGGAUGGCUGGGGCCACCUGCUUUUCUAAGUCUGUGGUGGAAGGAUUCCAGAAUUCCCUCUGUCCAUGACUGGUUUUUUUUCCAAAUUGAAAAUCCUCACGAAGACCCCUUGCCCUGAUCCAUGUCCAAACAGCCUGGACAGCUCUGGCAAGGGCCAGCUUGGGGUCUGGUAUGGGUUCUUUUUCUUUCUUAUUCUGUUUUUAAAAGCAAUAGUGCCAGUUUGGGCACAGAGUUAUUUAUAUUCCCUUUGGUUAAAAUACGGGCUUUAGCCGAACACAAAAGUGUCUUUUCUCUUUCCUGCAGUGUAGCCGCUUCUGCCUCUGGCUUUGAACACUGGACCUACAUUUUUUGUUUUGGGGGUGACAUUAAGAUCCCCUUGUUCAGCGGGGGUGGAGGCUAGGCCCUUGGCCAGACCACAGGGAGAGGGAGUUGCUGCUGCCCUAGGAGACUGAAGGGGUUGGCUAAUCCUUUAACAACCGAGCUGUGAGCUAUGCCCAUAGGACCUCCGGAGGUGGGCCACUGGUGGGAAAGCAGACUGUCAAUUCAACAAACACUUUUUUUUUAAUAUGUAAAAGUAUGUAGCAACUACAAACCUACCCCACAUCUGGCCUGGAUCUUCAGUCUUGGUCUGGGGGCCCAGCUUCUUGUUUUCCUUAAGAGGGGGGCAGAGUGGAGGCUGGCGGCUGGGCUCCGCGUGUGCCGGUGUGUUUGGCCGGAAGGGCCGCAGGGCAGCCAGCGAGCUUUCGUGCAGCUAGGUUUUGGACACGCCUUAGAGUUGGUAAAUUUUUAUCUCACUCCCUGAUGACUUUGAACUGACCAGCCAGGGAUGCGCAUCUCCCAGGAGGCAGCUAAAUUCAGCUGGACCUUGACACCCAUCAGAGAGAGGGGGUUGGCAGCAGCAACCAUGAGGAAAACAACCGUUUGGAAAGUAUUCUUCUGUUUCUUUGGAGAACACGCAGCUUGAUCUCUUCCCUAAGUGUGAGGCAUGCUGGUGUCUGAUGUGGUGUUAGAUCAUGUUGGGGUCUCCCAGCAGGCGGUUCUUCUGAAAACAGCGGAGAUUUUUGUUUUGUUUUCUUACAUGUUCACCCUCUUUCCCUCCUGUUCCGAAGCCCAGGGUAGCUGCUGCCUCCGCUGAGCUGCUGUCUCACUCGGAGACCAGGUUGAUGGGUUUCUGAGUGAAAUGCAUUUUCUGGGUCCUGUGUUUUCCCUGGAAGGGAAGAGUGAUGUGGGGUCAGCAUAUGGCAGUGGGUGUGGACCAUGCCCUGCAGGGUGAAACGAUCGGGACCUUCUCCCUCCUCCAUGCCAGCCCUCCCUCUUCCAGAACUCUCUCCUCCACACCCCCAGUCUGCGUUCGCAGUCUCCUGAGGAAUCUGGUUCGCAGUCUCCUGAGGAAUCUGGAGUGCAGGACGUCAUUGCAUCUACGCGGUCAGCCAGCUUCUGUGAGCUGAGCUUGUGGCUCUUUUUAAUGAGGGUCUCCCAGAGGUCUCACUCAGAAUGGCAUUAAACUCUAAUGAGCUCUCUUCUCUAAAGGUCUGAGGGGGGAGGCUCUGAGGAAGAAAUGGGCCUAGGCAAGCUGCAGAGGGAAGGGGGGACUGGAAGUGAGUCAGAAUUGAACUAAGCUGGGCACCCACUGGAACCCAGACACACCAUCCCCAGGCUCUGCACUUUCAUCUUUCUUUUGUCCUCAUUUCUUCUCUCUGUUUAAAGCAACAUGAGAUUUAGCCACUUAGAGAUAUAACUUAUUGUCUGAUCAUUAUCGUGUGUGCGUGUCAUUUUUGUGUUCCUGCAAUGGUGUUAGAUCUCCUCAUCGAGUCAAGCCAAAGCCUUGUCCUUGUUCACGAUACAGACCAUAUAGCUCGUCUUUAUUCAAACAGACAGCCAUUAAAUAUUUCACUCACUCCCUGCCAGCUUUUUAAUGUUCCUAUUUUAAUUUAUCUUUUUCCUUUUGGGCAAAUUCAUCCAUUCACUCCAUGGCGUAUCUGUCUGCAUUUGUUGGGUCCUGGACUGAGAUGUCCUUGUGUAAGAAAGGGGGGCCAAGUCCCGUUACUUCUCCCUUGUCAUUUCAGAGUCUCAGAUUGUGGGGGGGUGGGGCGCAGAACAGGCAACGGGAUGGUUCUGUGAAGUGGGCGCAGCCUGGAAGAUAUGAAGGUGAGCGAUGCCAGAAGGGGUGGGUGCAGUAAGUGUUAACGGUGGAAAGAUGGGCUAAGCAAUGUCGUGGGAAGGCUGGUAGAGGAAAGGUGAAAAGUGAUGCUGAAAAGUGGAGGGGGUCCUGUCUCUGAUAAGCUCCUGUGGAGGGUACAGAGGUGGGGGAUGGUGUCAGGUAAUGGCACCUCCCUUAAGAUGCCAGAACCUCUGCCCCUUAAAACUUUAUUCCUUUCUUAGCCCCUUUGCUUCCCCGCUUCCCACCAAAGAGAAGGUCAGUGGUCUGUGCGUGAGUAUGUAGUUUGAAAAAGAAAUUUAAAGGAGUGGCUAGAAAGAAAGCAAGGUGGAAAGAAGCAGCAAUGCCAGUGGGUGAACCUGGGAUUCCAGUGGUACGACCUGGCUCAUGUGGUCCAGUCAAGAAACAGUCAAGGUGCCCUGGUCACUGAGAGACGCAGGGCCACGGGGCAGCGGGGGAGGCGGGAGCCCCCAGUCAGGGCCACGUCUUUGGGGGGAAGGUCAGACUCUGACCUUUCUGAUAGUUUCAGCAAGAAAAAUAGUUUUCGCUAUUCUGCUCUUUGUUGGUGUGAACACUUCUCGAACAGACAGGACCUGCUCAGGGGGAUGACUCGAAAAGUAUACGUGUGAUGCCUUUUUCUCACCUUGGAGGUUUCUGCCAAGAAGCCCGGCCAGAGGUUGUGCCUGUGCACCCCGCCCCCUUCCCAACUCAGGGGUACCCGGGAGGGGGAGGGGAGCUGCUCCUGGAAAUCGGCCCACCACACUGGCCUCUUUUUUUCUCUGCUGCUGUCUAGACUGUUGACCUUUGACCUCCCCGCCCCUUGGCGUGUCUGAACCCAGAAGUCCCUUGUCGUUGUCGUCGGGGUUUGUGGAACAAAGCCUCAUUCUUCUCUGUGGCCCCAGCCUCCCCCCGAGACCACUGGAAGCUCUCCUGAGCCUUCAGCCAGCAUGGGGCUCUGAUGGAGGUGCCUCCCCUCGUGGCCACGAGCCCCAUGGCCUUCAUCCACAGGCUUCUGUGGAGCCGCAAAGGACUUUGAUUUUAUAUCCCCAGUUAAAUUUCCCUUCUUCUGGAACAAGUGCCUGGUAAAGGGCCUGGGGCUGCCACUGGAGGAGAAGCGUCUCCAUUUCUGCAGAAAGGAAGUGUGUUAGAGGCCAGGACCCCCCUCACAACUCCACGUCUUGCGAGUCGCUUCUUGGAUGAACGCCACUCAGAGACCCUAUCCUCCAAUUGGGGGGCAGUGGUCGCAACUGAGUUUCAGAAGCUCCCAGACCUCCAGGGGCUCCAGUCCAGCCUGAGCCGCUCCCCCGACUUGAAAUCCAUUCCCCCUCCUCCCUCUCCUCACCCAAGCCUCCCCUUCAGCUGCCCAGAGACCCACAGAAGUGCCUGCCCCCACAGUACACGUGGGGCACAGACAGGAAUGAGAGAAACACCCCCAGACCCUGGCUCCCUGCUUCCCUGGCCGUUCACAGGGGUGGGACCUGGGCCAGGGGCUUUUGGGUCCUGCCCCCUUUGAGGAAGCCCCAGUGAAAGCCAGCGGGGAAUUGGCCUCUCUGCCCACAAGGCCUGGCUGGAGGCCACAGGAGAUCCAUCUGGGCCUUGGGGGUACCUGGCAUGUUUCCAGGGCUCCCUCCACAUCUCAGGUUUCUAUCUUGUCGUAAAUCUCUCUCCAGGAAGAGCCCUGUCUCCUGGAGGUGACCCUGUGUCCUGUCCCCAAAGGAGAGGCCAGCCCCUGCAGGCUUGGGGUGGCUUCUCCCCGACCCCAGGGAGACCCCUUGAGUGCCUUGUCUGAAAGCCUCGUGUCUGGGACCCCAGGCCAGACUUUGCUGGGGGCUGGGCCCUGGGACACCCCAAACUUGACAUCCCAGAAAGCAAAUAAAACAGCUAAAAUGUGCA